AUUUCUUUUCGCAUCCGCUUUGAAAGCAGAGUGAAAGCGAGAGGUUCCAUUUUCAGCAAACUCUCUCUACAUACACUCCCCCUCUCCUCUGCCUCUGCUCCCUCUUCCCUGUCCGUCGAUAAUAAUAAUUUCAGAUUCCAAUUUCCAUUGAGAUUUCUCUCCCUCGCUCUCUUUUCCCUUCACAGAACUUCCUUAAUUACUCUAUUUCAAUCCCAUCUCUUAAUCUCACUCAAAUCCCCCUUUCUCCUCUUUUUUUUCAUCUGGGUCUCCCCAAUCUCAUCCAAAUCCUUCCCCCAAUCCAACUUCUUGCCUCUUUGAACUUUAAACCAUGACGGUUGAGCCUAGACUCGAUGACCCAAUUGACCAAUUUCCCACUGGAAUGCGUGUUCUCGCUGUUGACGACGAUCCCACUUGUCUUUUGAUCUUGGAGACUUUGCUUCGUCGAUGCCAGUAUCAUGUCACUACAACUAAUCAGGCUGUUAUGGCACUCAAGUUGCUGAGAGAAAACAAGAACAAGUUUGAUGUGGUUAUCAGUGAUGUCCACAUGCCUGACAUGGAUGGAUUUAAGCUGCUGGAGCUUGUUGGGCUGGAGAUGGACCUGCCUGUUAUUAUGCUUUCUGCAAAUGGAGAUCCCAAACUUGUGAUGAAAGGAAUUACUCAUGGAGCAUGUGAUUACUUGUUGAAACCUGUUCGCAUUGAGGAGCUAAAGAACAUUUGGCAGCAUGUAAUAAGGAGAAAGAAAUUUGAUCCAAAGGACAGAAUGAAUUCUGGCAAUCAGGACAGGCCUGAUUCUGAGAAUGGCGAAGAAGCUGCAGAUCCAAAUGGGAAAUUUAAUAAGAAAAGGAAGGACCAGAACUAUAAUGAAGAUGAUGACCAAGACUAUAAUGGACAAGAUAAUGAUGACUCAUCAACCCAGAAGAAGCCUCGUGUUGUUUGGUCUGUGGAGCUGCAUAGGAAGUUUGUAAAUGCGGUUAACCAGUUGGGCAUAGACAAGGCAGUGCCUAAAAAGAUUUUGGACUUGAUGAAUGUCGAAAAGCUCACAAGAGAAAAUGUAGCUAGCCAUCUCCAGAAAUACAGGCUUUAUCUAAAGAGGAUCAGCUGUGUGGCAAACCAGCAAGCUAACAUGGUGACUGCAUUGAGCAGCGCGGAUCCUUCUUAUUUGAGAAUUGGUUCCCUUAGCGGAAUUGGGAAUUUCCAUUCUUUGACUGGACCUCCACAGUUUCCGAACACUGCUUAUCGAUCUAUCCCAACCACCGGGAUGCUCGGUCGAUUGAAUACUCCUGCUUGUAUGGGUAUGCAUGGCCUUUCUUCCCCUGGAACAGUCCAACUGGGUAAUUUGAACAAUUCAAGCAAUGAUCAGUCUACAUUUCAGCCAAUCAUGCUUUCUGGAAACCGCAGUGGGAAUAUCUUCCGGGGAAUGCCUGAGCAAUCAGAACUUGAUCAACUACAACAUGUUAAGCAUGGGACCCAUAUGGACAAUCUCUCUUCCGCUUUUGAUGAGAGAACAGUAUUUCCUGCUUCCAUUGGCCUCCCAAAUGCAAAUAUAUCUGCCGGUACUUUGAGUAAUCCACUUUUGGGAUUAACUAACGAUCCCUUGAUUUCAGAAGUCCAGCAUCAUGAAGUGAAUGGUGGUAGAAAAUUUGGAACUCAAUCUUCCAUUUCGGUAGUAUCUUCAAAUUCAGAUAGCUCACGUCCUUCACUAGAUAAUGUUAGAUGCACCGGCGACAAUUGGUCUACUGCUGUUCAUUCAUCUAGGGUGCACUUGAAUACAAUUCCAUCUAGCAACCUUUCUAAUGUUGCUACUUCCUUCCAUAGUCAGUUGAGAGACAAUACUACCAGUGCAUUGCAUGUAGGAAAUUGUCUUUCUGACAUUUCUUCUAUUACUUCAAUAUCUACGCAGACCCAUCAUUCAAGAAUGGAUUCUCAACGUCAAGUAGCCACAACUAGCAACAGAUAUGAUCAAAUGAUCUCAAAGGUUCCUGUUCAGGAUUGGAAUGAUCAUAAAGAGGAUGCCUAUUACCACACAACUGUGGCCUGUAGCUCAUCAAAUUCUUUGAUACCAGUGAAUGGUGCUGCAGAGACGUUGCCCAACCAUUUGGAAAAUCAGAACACAAUCUUCUCUGGUGGCAAGGAUUUUAACGUGAAUGGUCAGGCAAAUGUUCUUGAUCAUGCAAUGGUGGAACAUGAUCAAUUCAAAAAAUCAACCAUGGAGACAUCACUCAUGUUGAAACAAGGUUACCUGUAUGAUCAUCAGCAAAAGAUGCAAUCCAGAUUUUCAUCAAGUAACUGCGGCUCCUUGGAAGACAUAGCAUGUGCCAUGAUGAAACAGGAACAAGAUGAUGGAAAAUUAUUGGAAGGAGACUUUGGAUGUGAUAAUUAUCCCAUUGGAACUUGCAUGUGAACCAGUCUACGCAAAGAAAGAAUCCUCGAAACGGACAGCCAGCGUUAUCUAGUUUUGCCUCAAGCAGAUUUUAAUGUAUUUAGUGCCUGCAGGUUUAGCUCUCUGACCAUGUUCUUAUUUAGCUUCCUACAUAGUCUGUUUUUCUGUUUGAAAGAGCAGAAAUACACAAGGAAGCCUCCGUUUCAUUUUGAUUCCAUGAACUGUUUAAUUCUAUUGAUGUUGGCCAACAAUUGUACAUUGUAAUUCAUAUGGGUAAUGAUUUUGCUUCACUACACUAUGUCUGAUUGGUUGCGUUUUUGUUGACUUUCA